AUGAUUGAGCUUUUCUCUGGCCGCCUUUCUUCUUCUGCUUCGCAGGCCGCCGCUGCUGCUGCGGCGGCGCAGGUGCAGCAGACUCCGGUGGUCGGCCCGAGAUGCGCGCCAACAUAUUCCGUGGUGAAUGCUGUAAUAGAGAAGAAAGAAGACGGGCCCGGGCCGAGAUGCGGGCAUACUUUGACGGCUGUGGCGGCCGUAGGGGAGGAGGGGACUCCUGGUUAUAUUGGUCCCAGACUCAUUUUAUUCGGUGGUGCGACUGCGCUUGAGGGCAAUUCUGCUGCUUCGGGAACUCCUUCUUCAGCUGGAAGCGCUGGCAUCAGGCUAGCAGGUGCCACUGCAGAUGUGCACUGUUAUGAUGUGCUAACAAAUAAAUGGUCUAGGAUCACUCCUUAUGGAGAACCACCCACACCAAGAGCUGCACAUGUGGCAACUGCUGUUGGAACCAUGGUAGUUAUUCAGGGUGGAAUUGGACCUGCUGGUUUGUCAGCUGAGGAUCUUCACGUUCUUGAUCUCACACAACCAAGGCCACGGUGGCAUAGAGUUGUUGUGCAAGGCCCGGGACCAGGGCCGCGUUAUGGACAUGUGAUGGCAUUGGUGGGGCAAAGGUAUCUCAUGGCAAUUGGUGGGAAUGAUGGAAAACGACCUUUGGCUGAUGUAUGGGCGUUGGACACAGCCGCCAAACCUUAUGAAUGGCGGAAGUUGGAACCAGAAGGCGAAGGUCCUCCUCCUUGCAUGUAUGCAACUGCAAGUGCACGUUCCGAUGGCCUUCUUCUGCUUUGUGGAGGGAGAGAUGCAAGUAGUGUGCCUUUGGCAAGCGCAUAUGGACUUGCUAAACAUAGGGAUGGUCGAUGGGAAUGGGCCAUAGCUCCUGGUGUCUCUCCAUCUGCGAGAUAUCAACAUGCAGCUGUAUUUGUUAAUGCACGACUUCAUGUGUCUGGAGGGGCACUUGGCGGUGGACGCAUGGUAGAAGAUUCAUCAAGUGUUGCAGUCUUGGAUACUGCAGCUGGUGUUUGGUGUGAUACGAAAUCUGUUAUUACUAGUCCCAGAACAGGCAGAUAUAGUGCUGAUGCAGCUGGCGGAGAUGCUUCAGUUGAGUUAACAAGGCGUUGCAGACAUGCUGCUGCUGCAGUUGGGGAUUUAAUAUUUAUCUAUGGUGGUUUACGUGGGGGGGUGUUACUUGAUGACCUACUUGUUGCUGAAGAUCUUGCUGCUGCUGAAACAACAUCUGCUGCUUCUCAUGCUGCAGCUGCAGCUGCUGCUACUAAUGUAGCACCAGGGCGGUUACCAGGGAGGUAUGGGUUCAUUGAUGAAAGAACAAGACAAAUGCCUGAUGCGGCUCCCGAUGGUGCUGUUGUGCUGGGGAACCCUGUUGCUCCUCCUGUAAAUGGUGACAUGUAUACUGAUAUAAGCACUGAAAAUGCUAUGCUUCAGGGAUCCCGGAGACUGAGCAAAGGUGUUGAAUAUUUGGUUGAAGCAUCAGCUGCAGAAGCUGAGGCUAUCAGUGCCACUUUGGCUGCUGCCAAAGCUCGGCAAGUUAAUGGUGAAGUUGAACUCCCUGACAGGGAUCGUGGUGCUGAGGCUACCCCAAGUGGCAAACAGAUAACUUCCUUAAUAAAGCCAGAUUCUGCGGUAUCUAACAAUGUUGCUCCACCUGGAGUUCGUCUGCAUCAUAGAGCUGUGGUUGUAGCUGCAGAGACUGGUGGAGCUUUAGGUGGCAUGGUUAGACAGCUUUCAAUUGAUCAGUUUGAAAAUGAAGGUAGACGUGUCAGCUAUGGGACCCCAGAAAGUGCAACAGCAGCAAGAAAACUACUAGACCGGCAGAUGUCCAUCAACAGUGUACCAAAAAAGGUCAUCGCACAUCUUUUAAAGCCUCGUGGAUGGAAACCUCCAGUUCGCCGUCAAUUUUUCUUAGAUUGCAAUGAAAUAGCAGAUCUUUGUGACAAUGCGGAGAGGAUAUUUGCAAGUGAACCAAGUGUUUUACAACUUAGGGCUCCGAUCAAGAUAUUUGGUGAUUUGCAUGGACAAUUUGGGGAUCUCAUGCGUCUUUUUGAUGAGUAUGGUGCCCCAUCAACAGCUGGUGACAUAGCGUAUAUCGAUUAUCUCUUUCUAGGAGAUUAUGUUGAUCGGGGCCAGCACAGCCUGGAAACAAUUGCUCUUUUGCUCGCCUUGAAGGUUGAGUAUCCCCACAAUGUACAUUUAAUUCGUGGGAAUCAUGAAGCUGCAGAUAUCAAUGCGCUCUUUGGCUUCCGAAUUGAGUGCAUUGAACGCAUGGGUGAGAGAGAUGGAAUCUGGGCAUGGCAUCGAAUAAAUCGUUUGUUCAAUUGGCUUCCUCUGGCAGCACUAAUUGAGAAGAAAAUUAUAUGUAUGCAUGGUGGUAUUGGUCGCUCUAUAAAUCAUGUGGAACAAAUUGAGAAUCUUCAGAGCCCAAUUACAAUGGAAGCAGGUUCCAUUGUGCUUAUGGAUUUAUUGUGGUCUGAUCCAACAGAGAAUGACAGUGUGGAAGGAUUGCGACCAAAUGCUAGAGGGCCGGGAUUGGUUACUUUUGGGCCUGAUCGUGUAAUGGAAUUUUGCAACAACAAUGAUCUUCAGUUGAUUGUACGUGCACAUGAAUGUGUGAUGGAUGGUUUUGAGCGCUUUGCUCAGGGACAUUUAAUUACGCUAUUUUCAGCCACCAAUUACUGCGGUACGGCAAAUAAUGCUGGGGCAAUCUUAGUUUUGGGUAGAGACCUUGUGGUGGUUCCUAAGCUUAUUCAUCCUUUACCACCAGCAAUUUCAUCGCCAGAAACAUCACCAGAACGCCAUAUAGAGGAUACAUGGAUGCAGGAGUUGAAUGCUAACAGACCACCUACACCAACUAGAGGUCGACCUCAAGCAGCAAAUGAUCGGGGUUCUCUUGCUUGGAUAUAGUAAUUCACUGCAAUUGUUACUUUGCACUUGUUAUCGGGGUCCCCCCUGCCACAUUAGGUUUCUGGUGUUCUAUAUAAAACUCACAAUGCCGCGUACAGGACUUCCCAAACUCGUGAUCAUGUACAUGUUCUCCGCAUGGAUAGUAGUAUUAGGUCUUGGGAUGAGAAGAUUCGGAUUUUUGAGUACACCAGCUUGCAGGUGGCUGAGUAGGUUUUCCCAUGUGCUAAACAAAAGCUCCAAGACGGAACCAUCCAUCUCUGUAAAUUGAUCGACAUGCAGGUAGAGGUCCGUUGUGGUGGUUUAUUUGGGUGGGGUCGGUCGCGGUGGGUAUUUUUCUUAAUUAGUUUUAUAUAUAUAUUUUUUUUUCCUCCUCGAUUUAGGCCUAAUAUUUUUUUUGUUCGAAAUCCUUUUCCCAGAGGGCAUGGGUCCUUACAUGUGAGCGUAUAUGUUAUACUUGAAAAUCUGUGUUGGUCCUUCUGUAUCAUAUUAAGUGCUGCUGCCUUUGUGUAAUUCUCAAUUGUGCUUUGUACAAUUGUAACUUUCUGUGUGAUGAUAAGAAAGUUUUUUUCUUCUGACGUAAAAAA